AUGGUCUCAAUCCUCUCAGCGGCUCUCGCCCUUCUCUCUGCGCUACCGUUGACCUCGGGCGCCCCGGGUACCCCAAGUACCUCGGACGCCCACUCGCGCCGCCAGGCCACAGGCGACUCCAACUGCCAGAGCGUGCACAUCUUCCUCGCCCGCGGGAACAACGAGCCCUACCCAGGACGCCAGGGCAAGCUCGUCGCCGCCAUCUGCGACGGGCUCAGCAGCUGCGACUAUGAGGACAUACAGUUCUGGAAUCCGCUAGAGGCGCCCUACUGCCAGUCCAUCGAGGAGGGUGUCGCCAACGGCACGGCGCAGAUCACGGCAUACAACAAGCGCUGUCCGGACGCGAAGCUUGUUGUGAGCGGAUAUUCCCAGGGCGCCCAUGUUGUCGGCGACGUGUUGGGCGGCGGGGGCGGCACGUUCUUCCAAGGUUGCCAGGAAAAGGCGAGUGCCGGAUUAGAUGCGACGACGGCUCCAGGCAAUAAGCGUGAGUUCCAUCAAGUUUCUAUACUCAUACAUCUCAAGAUUGCUAAUGCUCAGUCCUCCACAGUCGCUGCUGUGCUCGUCUUUGGUGACACAAGACACACGGCCAACCAGCCGUACAAUUAUCUCUCGGGAGCCCCCGACAACGGGCUCUUCCCUCGCCCAGAGAACCAGCUUGCCGGCAUGCGGGCCUUCUCCAGCGUGAUGCGCUCAUACUGUGUUGAUUCUGACCCGAUCUGCGCCGGCGGAAACACCGCUGCGAACCAUCUCAGCUACUUUGACGUGUAUUCCAGCGACGCGGGCAAGUGGGUGCAGGAAAUGGUUGGCAAGGCAGAUACGACGACGUCGUCAUCGUCCACGAGUACCAUUGCGACAUCGACCACCUCAGCACCGGCAAGCUCGAGCUCAUCACCACCAUCAUCAACGUCAUUAUCAGCAAGCGCCGCGACGCCGAGCGUCUCUGGCUCGGCAGGAUCGUCGGCUGGAGGAUCAACCACGGCCGCUCCGACAUCUCCUGAUGCUGCCUCUGCGUCGUCUCCUACCCCGACGUCCCACAACGCAGCCAAAGCCUUAACAUGGGAUGUGGCAUCUCUCGGGGCCACGAUCUUUGCGUUAUUGGCCGUUGCUGGCCUCAUUUAA